UUUACGGGUGUGUCCGGCUCUUCGCGUCUCAGAUGAUAAAGCACUGAAGUUUAAAAUUUUAUUCUUAUUUACUAAUAAUUAUGACAUGACAAUAUUAUAUUCAGUUAUAAUUAUUUAAUAAAAACAUAUCAAAAUGUUAAUACGUCAAUUUUACUUCUUUAUUACGUCUCUGUCGGUUGUUACAGCGAUCAAAUAUGGUAUCGCAGCAAACUCUUUAUCAGAUAGAAGUUUGAAAGUAGAAGGACAAGACUUAGUGACAUGGUGCACUAUUUCUGCACUGGAACAACAAAAAUGUGAAAAAUUGAUGCAAACAGUGAUGUUAGACAGAGGUCUAUUUGCGAAGGACUACAUUGAAAUACAAUGCAAGCAGGCAUUUGACACUGAAGAAUGCAUGUCGCUAGUAGAUCAAGGAAAAGCCUCAUUACUGGGUCUGGAUGCUGGAGAAGUAUAUGUUGCUGGCAGAUUUCAUUCACUUGUCCCUAUUGCGCAGGAGCUGUAUGGAGAAGAGGAACCCUACCAAAACUCUGUAGCAGUUGUAAAAAAGGGCAGUCUCCCAAAUAUACAACCAGGUGGAGGAUUGCAUGCAUUGCGAGGGGUGAAAGCAUGCUUUCCUAAUGUUGGGGCACUAGCAGGCUGGGUCAUGCCUGUACAUGUGUUGAUGCAAGAAGGUGGUCUUAAAAUAACAGACUGCAAUAAUCAUGUUAAAUCUGCUACUGAGUUCUUUGGUGAAUCUUGCGCACCUAACUCACUCAAAGAUUUAUACAACCCAAUUGGUGAUAACUCAGAUAAAUUAUGCAAGCUAUGUUCUGGCGGCGCGGGCGUUCGAUGCACUUUAGCUGACCCAUAUGCAGGCUAUGAAGGAGCUCUAAAAUGCCUCAUUGCUAAUGCUACCGGAGAGAUCGCCUUCGUCAAGGAUACCACUUUGCAGCAUGCUUUGCUCUCUCAAAAGAUUCUCGGUGGCGUGACAGAGGACCAGUUUGAGCUUAUAUGUCGAGAUGGGUCCCGUGCGCCUGUUUCGCAAUCAGAAAAUUGCAACUGGGGUAAAGUGCCAGCUGACGCCGUGGUUACAAGCAGCGCUGCUACCAUCAAACAAAGAGAGAGAUAUCAAAGACUGUUACAGAAAUUGGUUGAGUUAUAUGGAGAACCAAAUCCUCUGAAUAAGGUCACAAAUCAUACUAAUGGAUUUAGAAAUAGAGAUUCUUUUGGAAACCCCCUAGUGUCUACAUCAGAGUCACCACGGUAUCCAUAUGAUUACAGGAGGGAUGAUACGAACAAAAAUCGUUUUAAGGAUGUUUACAGUUCAAGCACAUUAUCGCCUUUCCAUAAACGUGUGGACGACUCUGGUCGUCCUAUUGAACUGCCGUUCCAGCUGUUCAGAUCCAAUGGUACCACCGAUCUCAUGAUACGGGAUGCUACAGUGAACUUCAGAUAUUUGAAAGAAGAAGACCAAACUGCUAAAUACAUCCUGAAUAACAAUUACUUAGGCAAUCAGGCUGAGAAAGCUAUACUGGGCAUUAUGGACUGUCCGGUGAAGCGGGCCGUACUAUGCGUCACAAGCGAACCUGAAAUGGAGAAGUGUUUUAAGAUGUCGGGCGCGUUGAAAGCGGCGCUGCUGUCUCCGGCGCUGUCGUGUUGGCGCGGACACAGUACACGCCACUGCGAGCGAGCUGUAGCUGAAGGAACAGCAGAUUUCGUGCUACUCGAUGCCGCUGACAUGCUGCACGCCGCCUACAGGCACCGGCUCGUGCCCUUCAUGCAGGAGGUAUACUCAUCUGGUGAUAACUGGUACUAUGCAGUGGCAGUCGCAAAAGAACAAGACCCUGACACGGAUCUAACGUAUUUGCGUGGUAAAAACACGUGUCACGCCGGUAUAGGCAUGGCGGCAGGAUGGGUGUACCCACUCGCUUACCUCAUAUCAAAUGGAUGGAUACGACCAUACGGUUGUGACGGCACGCACGCUGCCGCGGAAUACUUCACCAAGUCGUGUGCUCCUGGCGCUCUCAGUUCCGAGUACGUGGACAGCGGGUCCGUUCCCAGAGACAAUCUGUGCCACCUCUGUCAUGGCGCCUCCUACAGGAGGUGCCGUCGCGACGCGAGCGAGCCGUACUACGGGCACGUGGGCGCGCUGCGGUGCAUGGUCGAGGGCGGCGGGGACGUAGCGUUCGUGAGACACACGGCGCCAGCGGAGGCUUCCGGCGGACGGCGGCGCGAGUGGUGGGCGCGGGACCUACUUCCCGACGACCUGCAGCUACUAUGCCUCGACGGGACACGAGCCAAAAUGCACGAGUAUAAACAUUGCAACCUAGGCAGAGUACCAGGUUCAGUGCUUAUGGGGAGAGCCAACCAUACAGAAUUGGAUACUUACUCUAACUUGAUGGUUUACGCACAGCAGUUAUAUGGAUCUACUACGUCUGAUGAGUUUAGUUUUAGCAUGUUCUACUCUGCGCCGCCGUACGCGGACCUGAUCUUCAGCGACGCGGCGGUGCGGCUGCGGCGCGUGCACCACAGGCAGCGCUCGGCCGCGCUGCUGGCCGGCCGCGCGCUGCCCCGCGCCGCCAGGCUCGUCUCCUGCGACGCGCCGCCCGCAGACCACUACAUCGCCUCCGACCCGGACUUCCUCUCCGCCGGCCACACGCUCCGCCCGUCUGCCCUCGCUCCUCUCCUACUACUGAUCGUGCUACAGUGGCCGGGCGUCUAGUACGCAUAUAUACGACGAUGCGACGCCAGUCGACGACUACGUCGCCUCCGAUCCCGACUUCCUCUCCGUCGCACACGCACGCUUUCCAUAAAUGUAGGGUAGACUUCCCCUCGCGCGCCCACCCGCAUAUCUAGGAAACAUUAUAAACAUUGGGACGGUUCGUCUCCGCGCCCGGCUUUAUCUCGCGCACUCACCGGUAUCUAUCCUGUGCCCUCGCUCCUAUGCUACUACCGUUCAUACUAAUACUACUGUGGUCACGCAUGUGGUGCACAUUAAAAUAUAAAGACCAUUGAACGUUAUGACAGGUAUACAAUAUGAGCGGAAAAUAUACAUUAACUUCAUUUAUAAUUUACUUCUUACACCUCUCUCUCUCUCUCUAUUUUGUUACAUUUCAUUCUGGUCUCAUCGAUUAGGUUUUUCUGAAUUAGUGGGUAACUAGUUAAUAUUUUUAUGUAUAAGACAUCA